UUUUUCAAGUAGGUGUUAUUGAUUUUAUUGAGUAUUUUGACUGUUGUUCUCUUCCAGGCACUGAGCUGUCCACUGCUCCCAGUGACUUGAAGCUACUGUCUCAAGAUAGUGGGUUUACCCUCUCUAGCUCUCUUGAAUGGUCCUUGUUCAGGCCAAAUGGACAGUGUGCAGAUGAGGCUGAUGUCCUCAAUGUCAGGAGUGUUUUUGCUGUUCCUUCCUAUGAAGUAGUCGACUCAUCUCUCGUUGAACGUGUCUCUGAGAGGACUGCGCAGCUCUCACCUGUGUACAACAACCUAAACCUACUGUCUCCAGACAAAGUAUUCACCCUAUCUUUGGAAUGGUCCUUGUUCCAACCAAACAGCAGAUGUUUUGUGGAAAAUACUGAUGAGCAGUUGAUUGAAAGUGUCAGAGAAUCUACUCACCUCUUCAUCAACUCAUUCCUUGAUCUCAAUGCAACCAUCCUCCACCCUCUACCAAUUGCUUCCCACUCUGUUACUGGGCCUUUUGUGAUGACCACCCCCCUACCUCUACUACCUCAGCCCAUCUGUUAUGGAUUUGAGCAAAUUCUGGAAAUGGAACCCGAAUAUCCCAUUGAAAUCGAUGCAAUCACCCUCCACUCUGUUACUAGGCCCUUUGUGAUGACAACCCGUCUACCCCUACUACCUCAGCCCAUCGAUUAUGGAUUUAAUCAUACCACAGAAGUCAACUCUGGUUGCCUGGCCUACCUUAAGCAGCUCAAGCUGUACAUCCGUGAACUGAUACUCAACUCUCUCCCACUUUAUUGGGCCAAAUGGACAACACAUAAUCGACUCACUCUCGGGUUGAUCUGUGUGAGUGUGAUGUAUGGGUCUCUACUCUGUCCCAUUCUCCACUACCUCUGGACCCAAAACAACAUCAACAAGAGACUGUCUGAGGAUCUCAAGGUUGUAUGUGGACUCAAACUGUCCGUGGACUUACAACUCUUUAAAAUAACUAUGGAAAGAAAUGCACUGAAUGGGACGAAAGCUGUGCAGCUUAAAGAUCUGCUGGACUUGAAGACACAGUUGAGGCAAUGUCAGCUGCAGGAGGUAGAGGCACAGGAGAGGCUGGUCUUGACCAAGGAGGAACUAAAAAAGGAAAAAUGGGAUGGAGGAAAUUCCAGAAGACGAAUCUACUCUGAACACGCAACGGUUUUGGCAGAAGUAAAUAAAAAGCUAGAGAAGACCCAAAGAAGUCUGUCUUGGUUCCAAAUACUCGAGUGUAAAGCACAAAUGGAAUUGAAAUCACUACAGGAGAAACUGGAUGAAGAGAGACAGCAACGAAACAACAAAGAAAUGACGACUACAGAACUAUUUAUAGAACUCCAGCAAGAUCUACAGAAGACUAAAUAUGCACUGAAAGGAAAUCUUGAGGUUACUCAACAAAAACUGAGACUGGCUACUGACAAGGCAAUUCAACUCAAGAUAAGAUUAUCAGAGUCAGUGAUGAAUGAUUCAGGCAUGGAUGCCAACGACAGUGGAAUCUUUGAAUCUCUAUCAGCCAACAAGCUAUAAGGAAUUUCUGCAUGACCGCAAGUGAAUGGACUGAACUGAUAGCUACUUUUCGAUAACUUCAUUGAUUUUUGUGUGUGUAGUAAUAAUUAUUAUCGAAAGGCAUG